CUCAUCCUUCCACCAUCAGGGUGCUAAUGUUCUAAUGCCAACCUUCGUCCGUCUUCAUUCAUCAUUCAUUCAAUCGCCAUCUCCCUUUACUUGGCCCAUCGCCUUCUUGUUUCGCUUCGAUUUUAUUUUCUCUUCAGCAUCUAUUAAUCGCACCGACUACACUGCUGCUUGAGAACACAUACUCUGCACUCUCGCUUUGUUACGUCACACGGCAAACGUUUCUUUCUUGGCCGCAUCAUACCCUACCCGAUCCAGCGAGCAGCAUCAUGGGGCUCGACAACGACGCCCGGGGGUGGAUCAUGACCGCCGUGAGCGGCAUAGCCUGCACAUUUGGAGCAUCGAUAAUAUGUGUCGAUGUGCUGAUCCGGCAAAUUCCUGGGAAGCAGGACUUUCGAAUCCAAGACAGCAAUGCCUUUUUAUCCUCCGGGUUGAGUCUCUCGUUCGGCGUCAUGAUAUUCUCUUCGCUUUAUAGUAUGCUUCCUUCUUCCAAAAACUAUCUGCAAAAGGGCGGCAUGACCCCAAAAGCUGCGACAUUCACCAUGAUUGGGUGUUUCCUGACUGGUGCUCUCGGUAUUGCUGUGGUAUCUCAGAUCCUACAUCGAUACAUUCCCCAUUCGGUGGUCGACUGCGACAACGACCAUGGUGACGAAGAGGAAGGGAAACUUGAUGACGAGCAUCAUGCAUCCCAUCAUCACCACCAUCACGACCAUGCCCACAGCAGCCACGGCGAGCAAAGCAACGGCCAUUCCAAAAGUAACGGCACCACCCACAUGUCAUCGAGCCAUUCCUCGUAUGGCGCGACGGAUGAGUAUCAGCCCUCUCCUUCAUUGGCUCGGAGACCCUCGUUGCACACAGCCAUAUCCUCAAAAGUGUCGCAACUCGUCCACGGCCAUAAGCAAUUUUGUGACGUCAACGGCCAGUGUUUUGGCUGUGCCGAUCCUUACGGAAACAAUUUCCUCCAAAAGCGGCCUUCCAUUCUCUCCCUUCACACCGCUUCGACCAAAACUUCAGUGCGUCCCAGCGGUCACAGAAUUCAGACGCAGCCAGGCGAACGGCAGCCUCUUCUCCAGGAUAGUGCCGCUACAUCGAGUCCCCUUACGCCUACCGUGUCUGGCCCUGCCGCUAUGGAGAGCUCACAUAGUGACUCUUCUGCUCCGUUCAAGAGCCAGACAGUACAUAAGAAGCAUAGCGACGACUCUCUCUCAUCACACGCAUCUACAUCCUCAUCGUCUGCUUCUGCUACUUCUUCCACGCACAGCCACGGAAAGCAGCAUCACCACCACGUCCCCACCAAUGUGUUUCUCUCCAUCGGUCUUCAAACCAGUACAGCUAUCGCAUUGCACAAGAUCCCCGAGGGAUUCAUCACGUACGCCACCAACCACGCGAAUCCACGUCUCGGCUUCUCCAUCUUCCUCGCCCUCUUCAUCCACAACAUCACCGAGGGCUUUGCGCUGGCCCUGCCCCUAUACCUGGCCAUCAAUUCCCGGUGGAAAGCCAUGUUUUGGUCCGCCUUGCUGGGUGGAAUAUCGCAGCCUCUUGGUGCGGGAGUAGCCGCAUUGUGGUUCCGCAUCGCAAAGAGAGGCGUGGGUGCUGGCGAAGGAGCAGGCGAACCAGGGGAGACGGUGUACGGGGCCAUGUUUGCGGUGACGGCAGGCAUAAUGGCCAUGGUCAGCUUGCAGCUCCUUGGAGAGAGUCUGGAUCUGACGCUCUCGAGGCGACUGUGCUUUAUAAGCGCGUUCUGUGGUAUGGGUAUUUUGGGACUGAGCAGUGCGUUGACUGCGUGA